AUGACGUCGAACUCGCAGGCCGCCGCGAUGGAGCAGCAUCGCGCUGAGAUCGAGGCGCGAACCGCAAAUGGCGACGGCUGUGAGCAAAUCGCCGCUGCUCUUCGCGCCUCCGGCUUCCAGACCUCCGCCAAGACUAUCAGUCGAUACCGAGUUAGCUGGGGAUUGAGGAAACGUGCGGCGGGCACUCUCGGCAGGAAAUAUCCUGAUCGAAAGCGCAAGUCCACCGCACCGGGAGAGCUCACCAAAGCCGCCAAAGCCAAGGCACAGUUGGAGAGAAAGGCCGAUAUCACAGAGCGGACGAAGCAAGGCCAGACUGCUGAAGAAAUCGCCAACGCUCUGGAGGCUCAAGGCGUCGACUUUAAAGGAGGUGCCUCGACGGUAUGGCGUCUCCAGACUUAUUGGGGACUGGUGCCCUACGACACCGACCGAGCCCGUGGCAAGGGCAUGUACAACAAGAAGAGGCCAGUGCCCCCUGAGAAGCGGCGUGGUCCUCGUUCGAAAGCACCUCGCGACCAGCAAGAAGGUUCUGGAGAGCCACCGAAUCCAGGAGAAGUGCUGCACUAUCCCACGAACUGUGCUCAUGGUCCACAGAAGCGAAUCGCUCCGAACAGAACGGCCACGCAAACCGACGACUCGAUCAAUGUGGAGGAUGAUUCUCAGCUCCGUGGGAAUUCAGCAGGAACAGACUCUUUCAUGACGAUGAACGUCGACCCAGCUUCGGCGUCCAAUUCCAAUGACCAAGUCGUCACCAAUGCGGCAGAGCUCAUGCAAGCUGAACUGCUGAUCGACCUCGCUACGAGCACGCUGGCAGCCGCUCAUAGGGUCAAGGAGCUCUACCUGGCCCAGCAAAUGCAACGUCCGGCAUCCGAUUCAUCGAGUGGACUACCUCCCACGCCUGACGAUAUCGCAACCGCCAAAACCAAGGUGCGCCAAGCAGCGGCUGUUAUGCAUGACAUGGCCCUGCCCAACGUAGCAGGAUGA